CGGCGCGCACGCUCGAAUUUUCUUGAAAGCUGUCCAACUUUGCCAUUCACUCUCACCUGCCUCGUUUCGAAAGGAAACAACAGGAUUUCGAAUCGGGGUAUUAGAAUAAUAAAUGAAAAAAUGAAUGGCAGUUUCGUGAAAGACAGGGGCUUUCUCUAGUUGAAAAUGUAACCUUAAAUAUUUUGCCAUUAUGUUUCGUGAAGGUCGGUUCUGAUAAAAGUAAUCGAUUAUCUACCUGGUCACGAUGAACACCUGGCCAAACAGACAACCGGAGAGAACCCGCGGUUUUUUUUACUUUUGUGUAUCGAUUUUUUAAAUUCAAGCAAGUGGGGCUCGAGGAAGAAGCAUGAAAUGCGUAAGCUGACGAAGAGAAGCAUUCCUCCGAAGGAGAAGGUCAAAUUACCACAACACGUGGUACAAAUGACUGUAGCCGAAGGAAGUGGAGACAAUCGUAGAAUUUUGUCUCCAGCUUCUCGAAGAAAUCAGUUCUUAAAAAUUGGCAAUGAAUCCGAAAGUUGGGAUCGUCAAAGUGGAACGACAACUGUCUCGUGGCCUGAGGAUAUGGAAGAAUUGGCUACGAGGAAAGUGAUUCAACAAUGGGAAACAUUGGAAAAAACUUUGUAUGAAGAAAACGAUCAGCUUCCGGUCGGUCCAGUUUUUGACGAAUGCUUACAGUGGCGAAAUCAAUUGCCGCAUUUCAGAUUAGUAGGGAAAAAUCUAAUAAAACCAGCUGAGUUGGCAAGUAAAACAAAUUCCAGUUUAAAGAGGAAACCACAGUUCUUUGAUACUCGAGAAAACGAUGAUUUGAUGAAGGAUGAUAAUUUUUUACUUGAUGAUUCGGAAAAUUCUUCUCCCGAAUUUAAUAAAAGAGCCAGAGAGGAUGUGGUUGACGAACUGAUGGAAUAUGUAAAUUCAACUUUAGUUUUUCGAGAGGAGGCCCAAGAGGAGAAUUCUUUAAGUCGUGAUUUAGAGGAAUUUUUGACAAUAACUCCAGCCCCAACUAAUAGUUUUCGAAAUACUGCGAGUUCUCAUAAACAAAUUCAUAAAGAUGAUGAUUUUCUAGGCCAUUCGGACAGUAAAAAAAUUGCCUCAAGGAGCAAAAUGGAAAGCGAAUCGAGAGAGAACGAGAAAUAUUCUUGGAAGAGAGACACGACUUCGGGGAGGCAUCGAGGAGAUGUAGCUGAUAUGAAUGAAAAUCUCGAAGUGGAUGAGCUUGAUAGAUCCCACUUAGGUAGAAACAAACCAGGGACAGUUUUCAAUAAAAAGGUUGUGGUCAGUCCAGUUCCGUUCGUUCGCUCCACGAGGGAAAGCUUUUGUACAAUAAAAACUGCCCCGAUUCAAAUUUUAGGACAACAAACAAAUACCUCCUGGAACCCAGGAACGAGGAUACAUAUUAAUUCUGGGCAAAGAAUAGUUUCUGGAAAGAAAUCGAGUUUGAUACGAAUGCCUCAAGUACAUUCGGCCUGGCAACCGCCAGUCUGUCCCACAAUUUGGCCAAAAAACGUGAGGCUGGCUCCAAUCGAUACUUCCAGACUUCCGAGUAGUAAACAGAGGACAUUAUCAGCUGUAAUUCCACAUCGUGGUCGAACUUCUUUAAGUCCAAUUUCGCGCACAGCAUUGGCAACUACGUCUCAAAAUUCAAACGCGAAUCAGAAAAAUGCCCUGGAAAUACAUGGCACGCACAUUCUCGGACAAUAUGCAAAAACAGAUGGGCUCAAAUCAAAUUUGAAUCCAACUCCCAGAAUAAAAAAUAACGGGAGAAAAAAAGCUCGACACAAGGCCGAGAAUUUGUGACUUUAAAACACUUGUGAGAAAAUUUUAGCAUGGAAAAUUUUCUCACAAAUCGAAAGCCUACAUUUAUGUGAUCGUCUUACAAUCAAUAGUUUACCUGGAAGUAAGUAAAAUUUAAAUUAUACGUAAUUUAAGUGAAAAUUGAAAUUAAUCGGAGGGGACCACAAGGCAUCUUAAUCUGAAUUAAUCGAAAUCAAUCUACCUCACGUCAUGCGUCGAUAUUUAAUAUAUAAUUAACGAAUCGUAAAGUGAAACAUAUAUUUUUGUAUCAUUCGUUCAUUUGUAAAUUGUAAAUACAUCAGGAAAUAUCUGUAUGAGAAUUUUUUCUCUCUUGAAAUUGGAAUAGAUCAGUUUUCCUGAAGAAUUAAAAGUAA